AUGACAAUCAUCAUAUGUAAAGUGCAUUCAUUUGAUAAUAAUAAUAAUAAUAAUGAUCAACAAUCAAAUGAUCCAAAAAGAUGUAUGGAAUUUGAAGUGAAUGAAAUUGAUGCCAUAACAUAUAUGAAUAAUGGUUCACGUUUAAUUAUCAUUGAUAAUGAUUUUUGGAUGUUGAAUGAUAAUCUAAAAGAAUUACCGACAAUUCAAACGAAACGAUCUAUAAUUGAUUUGAUUUCUACAAAAUGGCAGCCACGUUUAGAAACAAUACUACAGAAACUACAAACAAUUGAUUCGAAUAGAUCGGAAAUUGAUUUAGCUGAAAAUAAUCAAUUUCGAAUUGAUGCUGCUGUCAAUAUUAAAUUGAAAGCUGAAAAUGGCCGUUGUGUUCCAACCAAUCAACUGUUAAUCUAUUCAACACUACCAAACAAUAAUGGACCAUUGAUCACUGUCCAUGAGAAUGAUCAUAUUUAUAGUUCAUCAAAUUUAUCCGAAUUUGAUAUACUACGAGCUGUGAAAUCUGUGGAUUUUACCAAAAAUAUUAAUGGCAUGACUUAUUUUAAUAAUAUGACUAUUAUUUUUCAAGGAAAAUAUUUUACAACCAUACGUUGUGUGAAUGGUGAAUGGUCGGAAAUAUUUCAUAAAGAAAUUGAUCAAGCAUUUCCAAAGGCAAUGAUCGAUCCGGAUUCGGUUGAUAUGUCAUCAUCAAAUAAUGAAAUUCAAUAUGAUAAUACAUAUGUAUUAUUAUUCUAUCGACAACAAUAUCUGGCAUGUUCGGUACUUGGUGAUUCUCCAUGUGAAGGACCAUAUAAUGUAAUGAGUGAAUUGUUUAAUGUUGAUCACUUAUGUUUUAAUCUUGAGGACAAUGAUCGUUAUAUGAUCGUUUUAUCAGUAUUUGCUAUCAUUGCUUUGGUGAUUUUAUCAAUAAUUGCCAUGACUUUAUAUGGUUUCUUUAAGAAACCAGUAAAUAUGAAUGAAAAACAACAUGUAUCAUAUUCAUCAUUGAAAACGGGCAACGAUAAUAAUACAACAACGGCAACGGGAAUUGGUUCUGAAUCAAAACCAAUGUCUACAACAAAUGGAAAAUCAUAAACAUUAUUCA